GCAGGGAGGGGGAGCCGUGGAAUGGCGGACGGGCGGGCCGGCCCGCCCUGGUGGUAGUGAGACCGGGGGCGCGGAGGGGACAGCCGCGGACAGGAACAGUGCCUGAAGCAGGUCCACCAUGCCGUUAGUAACGAGGAACAUUGAGCCAAGGCACCUGUGCCGUCAGACGUUGCCUAGCGUUCCGAGCGAGCUGGAAUGCGUGACCAACAUCACCCUGGCAAAUGUCAUUCGACAGCUGGGCAGCCUGAGUAAAUCUGCAGAAGACAUAUUUGGAGAGUUGUUUACUCAAGCCAACACCUUUGCCUCUCGGGUGAGCAUUCUGGUCGAGAGAGUUGACCGCUUGCAAGUCAAAGUCACUCAGCUGGAUCCCAAAGAGGAGGAAGUCUCCUUGCAAGGCAUUAACAGCAGGAAGGCCUUCAAAAGCUCCACCACUCAGGACCAGAAGCUCUUUGACAGAGAUUCUCUCCCUGUGCCUGUCCUCGAAACCUACAGGACCUGCAACACCCCUCCACCUCUCAACAUCCUCUCACCUUACAGGGAUGAUGGCAAAGAGGCGCUUAAAUUCUACACAGAUCCUUCAUAUUUCUUCGACCUUUGGAAGGAGAAAAUGCUUCAGGACACCAAGGAUAUCAUGAAGGAAAAGCGGAAACAUAGGAAAGAGAAAAAGGAGAAUCCGAACCGAGGAAACGUGAAUCCACGGAAAAUCAAAACCCGGAAAGAGGAGUGGGAGAAGCUGAAAAUGGGACAGGAAUUUGUGGAGUCAAAGGACAAGCAUGGUCCUGCUGGGUACCCCUCCAACAUGGUGUACCAGAACGGCAGCAUCGGCUCCAGCGAGAGCAUGGAUGGGAGCUGCUACCCGCCACCGCCGCAGACUGACUCCAUUGUGCCACCACCUCCCUCGUUCCCAGAUGACAGCCUGCCUCCGCCCCCGCUGGAAUUUAGCUAUCCUGUAGACAACCAACGAGGUUCUGGUUCUGGAGGGCCCAAGCGGUCCAGCCUGGUGAGCCCGAGCCACCCGCCGCCGGCCCCUCCGAUCGGCUCUCCCUCCGCAGCCCGGCCGGGCUUCGCUCCCCCUCCGGCGCCCCCUCCGCCGCCGCCCCCGAUGGAGAGCGCGCCGCCCCCGCCGCCGCCCGCGGGCUUCCCUGCCCCGGGGGCCGCGCCGCCGCCGCCCUCGCCGCCCUCCUUCCCCCCGCACCCCGAGUUCGCAGCCCCGCCGCCCCCUCCGCCCGCGGCCGACUACUGCGGCCUUGUGCCCGCCCCGCCGGGGCCGCAGCCGGGCGCUGGGGCCGCGCCGCCGCCGCCGCCGCCGCCGCCGCCCCCGGGGCCGCCCCCGCUGGCUCCCGGCGGCCUGGACGGGCCCCCGCCGCCCCCUCCGCCCUCCGACACCUCCGCCGCCAAGCCCAAGUCAUCCCUGCCCGCGGUGAGCGAUGCCAGGAGCGAUCUGCUGUCGGCUAUUCGGCAAGGCUUCCAGCUGCGCAAGGUGGAGGAGCAGCGGGAGCAGGAGAAGCGGGACGUGGUGGGCAACGACGUGGCCACCAUCCUGUCACGCCGCAUCGCGGUGGAGUACAGCGACUCCGAGGACGACUCCUCCGAGUUCGACGAGGACGAGUGGUCGGAUUAGCCGCGCUCCCGCCCCUCCUUCCCUCCGCUCCUGGGCUCGCUUCUUCCCGGAUCAGGUGGCCAAACCUCGCACCACAGCCUGCCCAUCCCGUAACCAAAGAUGUGCCAAGGGUUUUCAGACAACCAGCAGCAUGUCUCCCGUGUCCCUCCCCUGCAGCCCUGGCAGGAUCCGCGCUCUGCUUUCCAAAAGUCUCCUCACGGACACUGAGGAUGCGGCGCUGGGAUUUAGCUGGAGGGGGUGUAACGGUUGCUUAUUUAAAAGAGAGCUAAACCUCCAGAUUUUUGAUGUCACCACGCAGAGCACAUAUAAACCCUCCAUCCUGAGGGAUUUUGAAAGUAAAGAUGGAUGAUCCUGUUGUGGCCAUGUGGCCUUUUGGAUGAAGGACAUUUUCAGCUGGUUUUCUCAGUGCAACAGCAGACAGUUGAUCUGAUGGCUCUUCCUUGCCAGUGAAUACUGGUAGUGCUGCAAGAAAAUGGGCUUUAAAUGUCAGUUCUCUGCUGCAUCCCACUGUCACAUAAUCAGGUUUUUUGCAUUAGUGCACAAUUCUUUCCCCCCUGACCCCUGAGUAUUAAUUCCAGAUCACCCUGCGUGGGGUGCAUUUCCCAGCUCUGAGGGUGCUGAGUGCCUUGGGUGCAGUGUAAGGAGAGACUUUUUUAUUUUAGAAGCUGCCUUUACCUUCCUCAAAUCUCCUGGGCUGCUUUGCCAAGAGGAGACUUGCACAGAGGGAUGUAAAACCAGGGCAAGAUGCUCGUUCAGCUUCCCACUCAUGGGAAAGCAGAGCCACUGCCCCACUGAGACACAUCUGUGGUCAGCUCUGAGCGCUGGCCAGACCUCGCCGGGCUGAUUUUCUCCAAUUCAUGCUGAGAUUGUGUUUUAAAUUCCAAAUCCAGUGCCUAGGACAGGGAGCUGGGCUGGGGUUCUCUGAGCACCAGGCACUGUGGUGGUCCUUGGCCUGCCAGGGCAGUUUGAGAGGUGCUUUUUUAGCGGGGUGACCGUACUUUUAACACAGGGACUUCAAUGCUGGUAUUGCCUUUGCUUCUCCUCCCUUCCCCCCAGGGAGGGGAGUCUGUGUGCCUAAAAACAUCAUUGUGUGUGUGAACUGAGUUGCCCAUCAGUUACAUCAGACCUAACCUACCCUAAUUUUGUUAUUAUAAUUCAUUAGUUAAUUUUAAGAGAACGUUUUUUCUCCUCACUAACCCUGUGAAUUAAUUCCCAGGCUGCUCACUAUAGAUCCAGUACUGGCAGGGGAAAAUGGGGAAUUUGAACUAGCUGACCUCGGUUUUAUUGCUGUUUUAUGUUACCUUACAUAGCAUAUGAGCAUAUCUUGGAAAUCUAACCCAGAUACCCCUGAUGUGUAUUUUAAUUUGGACAUGACUCAGUAAGGGUCAUGCAAAAAGCAAUUCCAAAGCCUUUUUGAGGUUAUGGGUCCAGCUGUUGUGGGAUGCAUGUCCCACUAAGACCAACUCUCCCAUCUUUUUUCCUUUCCUAAAGUAUUUCACCAGCCUGUGCCUGUCUCUCUUCCCUGCCUCGCCUCCUUUAAUGGUGUUGCUGAUACCUGGAACGCUGGGCCCUGCCCGAGGCUGGCUGGAAAUCCUGCUUGGGAGGUGAUUGAUGGCUUCAGCUUGUGCCAUGAGUUCUUACUGAUUCCUUCUGUGUGUGAGUGAGUGUGUGUGAGUGAGUGUGUGUGAGUGUGUGUUGGGAUGGCCGGAGGAUGGGCUCAGGGAUGCAGCCCCAGCUGGGAGCCAGUGAUGCCCCAGAGGUUCCUGGGUGGCAGCACCAUCGGGUUUGUCUGCAGGCAGGAUGCAGGAACUGGGCAGCAGGGAACACCUGAGCAGCUCUAGUGCCAGGUUCUGGAACAGGGAGCAAACCCCUGGAGUGCAGUGCAGUGCAGAGACUUGGAAAUGCAGAGGGAUGGUUGCUGCAAGCUGGGUGAGGGGAGGAGAGGCACUGCCUCGUUCUGCUGCUCUUUCUGCGAGCAUCCUCCUCUGGCUGCUCUGAGAGACAAGUUCCCAGCAAAAACAGCCCUGAGCUAAGCUGGGCUGACAGCAGGAUCACACAGGGAGGCGAGGAGCCCGCAAAUGCCAAACCUGGCUCAAUCUGAGAUUGCAUUAACUAGACUUAGCCUUGUUGGGGAAGAGAGCGAGUCUUUGUGUCGCCUGAAAUAGCAGAAGUGCCAUAUUCCCUGAGCCCCAUGAUGGUGUGUCGUGCCUGGGGCCCUGGGACACGUCCCUCUCUCUGCCUAUUGCACAAGGCUGCUGCUGUGUGGGCACGGCUGGAGGUGGCUCCUCUGGCCUGCAGGCAGCGGCAGGGACACUGCCUUGUCCCUGCAAGCCUGCUGGAAACACCCUCUGCUCCCAAACCCCAUCCCAGGGCAGGCACCAAAACUGCAGGAUCCUGCACAGAACGGUUGUGGACAGGUAGGGGAGGUUGGUGUUGGAGUGGUUUUUAAAUCUCCUUUGAUUCCUGCCUUUUUUUUUUCUUUUCUAAAUCUUUGAUUGCCUUAGCCUAUGCGGGUAUCCCUGAGAAACAGCUGCUCCAGAGAGGGACCAUCUCUGAGUAUCCUUGCAAAAUCGCAGAGCUCUGGGCCACCGAGUGAGCUCAGUGUUUGUGAAAGCAGCAGGGAGGAGGAGAGGUGCCAAAACCAACCUUUGCAAGGCAGAGCAGCUGCGCUGGAAGGGCAGGGCUGCCCUGCCACCUUUGCCCUGGCGUUGGGGGCUCCGGCUCCUUCCUCCCCUUUGGUGGGGCUGGGUUGUUUCCCCGAGCCCAGCGGAGCUGCCCCUCGCAGCCAUCGCGCCCGUGCUGCGAGUGCGGGCAGGCGCUGCCUCCCUUCCCUCCCUGCCCUCCCUUGCCUGCCUGUUAACCAUUCUGGCCGUGUCCUGCCCGCAGUGCUUGGCUGCUGCUCCCGGCAGCCUCUGUCUCUCCCGGGCUCAGCCCCAGCUCCGCCGGUGACCUUCACUGCUGCUCCUGCCUUAUCGCAGCCCCAGCGCCGGCGAGGGCUCCCGGAGCUCCGGGGCUGAGGGAUCCUGCCGAGUGCCAUUGCAGGGAAAGGGGAGAGUGCAUUUUAUAUGUUUGUUUUUUUUUUUUUUCAGAACGUGAACUUAUUUAACGUGUUUCUUUUGGAAGUCCCUGCCCUGGAGGGGCUCUGGGACGGAGCUGCCUGGCAGGGCAGAUGCAGCUGCCCCGGGUCAGGUUUCACUGCUGUUGGAUUUCGGGGGUGCUUUCUUCUCUUCCUUUUUAAACAAAGCCUUGAAGUGGAAGUGGAUCCGAUGUUUUUAUUACUGUAUUAACAUUCAUUUUAAUUCACUUCAGAAACUAACCCAUUUUUCUUCCUGAUUAGAAUGUCAUAGAAUUAGACAAGCUGUAACCCCUCCUGAAGUGCCUUAUUUUCCUACAUGAUAUAAAUAUAUUUAUAAGAGUAAUUAUUCCACUUAUAUCUUAGGGGCUUAUUGCUGAGCAGGAGAUAAGGUGGGAGAGGAGGGAUGGGAAGCGCCCUGCACAGACCCAGCCAGGCUGGGGUGGAAGGGCGACUUUGAUGGAUACUCUCAGGGUGCAGGGGGUUCCUCACUUCAGACCAAAGGAGUUUCAGCACUGAAACUCUGCUUAGAAAGAAGAAAAAAGAACGAAAAACCCCAAACACGUGAGCAAAAUACUGUAGAUUUGUCAGGUUGUUUUUUUACCCCUGCAAAGCAAACACUGAUGGCCGGACUCUGCAGGGAGCAGUGGGUGUGGGGGAUCAGAGCCUGCCCCUGGUCCAUCCUUGCACAUCCCAGUGCAGACUCUGCCUCCUGUAUUCCCAUGUAAUGUCUGUGCUUUUCCCUGUCAGUUGCUGUAUAAGCCAGAUUUCCUGCUGCUUUGUUUUGUUGUUUUUAAUAAUCAGCUCAGUAACCCCUGGAUGAAGAUCCCAGCUGCAAAUAUUUUGUAAUGUACGUGUAUAAAAAAAAAGUAAUAAUUUUUUUGAUUCUUUUUUAAAACUUGAUAAAAUCUUUCUAUCCA